GAAUGUUUGUUGCACUCUAUGGACUUGCAGAAACAAAGUAAAUGAAAAGAGUACAAAUUACAAGAAGCCUGCCAAGUUCAAGCUGUUUUUCAUCUUUCCAUUCAUUUCUAAAGUGGAUAUUAAGCAGGAAAAAAAGCAGAUUAGUUAAUAGUGAGUCAUCAAAAACAGUUGAAGUGUUUUGGCAAUAAAGUAGAACAGGAAUAACAAGGAAGUUGCAACUGAUCUGGGCGAGCAGAUUAAUAUUUACUUUAGGUUAGAUUUACUGCAGCUUAUAGAGGAGCUUUUGUUUCAAUUCAACAUUUUCAUCAAACACGAGAACAUAUACUGUACAUAUAUUGUGCUUCUCUUCCUUAAGGUAUGGAGAAUUGGGAGAUAACUGCAUUAUUUUUCAUUGCGUUUUGUGUUUUCUUAUUGGCUAUUCUUCUUGCAUGUUUUUGGUGUAAAAGGAAAAAUGAGAGUAGAAGAAAAGAAUAUUAUCAGGAUCUGGAUGAAGAAGAAAGAAGAAUUAUUUCAAAAAGAGUCUGGAAAGCAAUACAGAAAAAUGAAGUUGAUGUGGUCUUGCACCCUGACACAGCACACCACCAGCUUUCUUUGAGUGAUGAUGCAUCUCAAGUACGAUUCACAGGAAGUACACGAGGCCCAGACCGGUGGUACUGCGUCACAGGCAGCAACUGCUUUAUGAAAGGAAACCACUACUGGGAGGUGGAGGUGGGAGAAAAGGCCAGCUGGGCCCUUGGACUGGCAACUGAGAAAAUCAAAGAGAGCAGAGUCAUUCCUGAAAUCCCUGAAAAUGGACUCUGGAUUAUCCGUCUUUGUGGCGGGAAGAAGUUUGAGGCCGUCUCAAGCACAGUCAGAGCACUACAUGGAAAACCCAAGAAAGUAGGAAUGUACAAGACAACUAAAGAGCUGUCCUUCUAUGAUGCAGAGACAAGAACUUGUAUUCAUACAUUUGAUAUUGAGUACCCUGGAGUGCUGUAUCCUGUCUUCAGUCCAGGGUCACGUGACAAGGGACCGCUGAUCAUCAAGAAAAAAAAUGGAAAAAAGUAACACGGUAUGGACUGAAGAAAGAAUAUGACAUUUCAUUUUUUAAUUUUAACUGCAGUAGUUUAACAUAUGCUUCUUUAUGAAACACGGCCUUACCAAUGCAUGUCAUUUGUUCUGUUCUGUAGUGACAGUUUUUAUUGUUAAGUUUAACUAAAUGAUGUUAUCGUACUUACAAGAUGAUCUGCACAAAUUCACAGGUAGUUCUGGAGAUGACACUGGAAUUAUUUAUAGCAUCUCAGCAAUAGUUGAUUUUACAUUAUGCCAAAAUAACUGUGGCAGUUCAUUCAGUAGUUACAACUGCUACCUCCAUGGCCCUGGAAUUAAAUCCUGACCUGGGCAAGCUCCAUGUGGAUUUUGUAUGCAAUCAUGUUGGUUUUCUCCAGUUAUUCUAGUUUUCCUCCCACAUCCCAAAAAUGUACAUAUUAUGUGAAUUCGCUUUUCUAUAUUGCCAAAGAGUUAAUAUGUGGAGAACUGAGACCCCUUACAGGGCUUGUUGCAGACAUUUACCAAAGAGAAGACUCUUUUUGUAUAUACCAUUAGUUUUUUAUUUUUGCAAAGAUAAAUCUAGAAAAAAUUAUUUUUUGGUUUAAUUUUUAAAUCAUGCUUUUUGUGAUGUAAUUAGUUUUAGUUGUUCAUUUACUCAUACUCUUGGUCAUACUGAGAACAAGUGCCCAGUUGGCAAGAGGUUACUGGGGUGAGGACACUACUAGGAUGACAGAGGACAGAUUAAAAUUCAUAAACUCUUUAAGAUGACAUAUGAACUGAUAUUAUUUUUGAAAGUUUAUGGAUUCUUUUCUGCCUUUGCUUUAGACUUUGUCAUACUUCUUCCUUUCUCUCUAGAAGCCACAUCUUAGGUAGCUUAGCCCUUUUAAGCAACGAUGAAGACACUCACAUUUCCAUGCCUACUGCAUCUGCUGUGGGAAUGUUUGCUUCUUUCCAUCUCCUUUAAAGCUGGUGCCACAUUACAUGACUGUUACUCAUGAGGCAUGUCAGAUUUGCAGACUGUAUUUGCUGGCAUUGUCGCCCAUCAUGUCAAUUUACAUGACAGAAAUUCACUGGCCAUGUCACAUUUGGCGACUGAAUGCUGUUCUAUAAGCAUAAUAAUGUACUGACUGACAGAGCAGUUUUUGUAUGAAGGCUUAAAAGGUUUAUUAUCUUAGGUGGCAGGUUUCAUGGCCAUGACCAUAAGGUAAAGCCUGUGCUACACCUCUCUUUCAGAGUAGGUUACAUAUUUGUUCUUGUUUGAGAUCAAAAGUUAACUUGUUGUCAAUGAUUGUCCCUAAAUAUUUGUAUUGCUUUAAUUAUUAUUGACGUAGUAAGAGGAGGCCAACACCUAAAACCUAUAAGCUUACUAUUGUUUUUAGAGAUAUUUAGCUACAAAAAAUGGCAAUAUAACAGAACAAACCCAUUAACAAUAACUCCAUGACUGAACUCCUUAUAUUGCAACAGAUGAGUCAUCUGCAAAUUUUAUGAUUUGCCUGUUCUCAUGUGAACUCCUGCAGUCAUUUAUGUACCAAAUAAACAAAGGAACGGGCAGGCAGCAGCCUUGACAAGAUCCAGUAGAAAACACUGCCAUCAGUACUCAUUCUUUGCAUUCAGUAAUCUAAAACGUCCAGAAUUCAGUUUUCCAAGUUAGAGUCCAAACUUAAUUUAUCUACACUAAAACAUGAAACUGUAUUGUAUUAAAAGCAGAGGAGAAAUCAAUAAACAGCAAUCCUAUGUGAA